AUGACGUCGGCACAAAUGAUAAAAGAAAUUGUUGAAGGGCUGAACAAGCCUCCCUUCUCCAUGAAAACCAGUCUCCUGACAUUUGAUCAAGAAAAACCAGCUUACCUAGCGAAAUUCCUGGUGAAUAUCGAUGUUCCAGUCGAGUUCCUGGCGAAAGACAGCCACUUGGCAGACGCGUAUCAUGAGUACAAAGAGCUGCAGGAAAAGUUCAAAAUCUUCCAUUCUUCGAUGGAACAAGCCCAGAGCAAAAGUGGAGGCUUCACCGAUUGCAAGCAGGAAAUACAGCGACUCGAAAAAGAGACGUUUAUCGAUCCCCAGUCGCGCCUGCAUGGACUGGUGGUUGGUCUCUUCAUCUCUGGACAGGGUUAUCUGACGAGCUUCCUCAGCGUGGCGAGGGAACUGAGGAUGGCGCAAGUUGAAGAGACAACCCUUGCCUUCAGAUCCCAGCAACAGACGGACUAUUUCGACUACUUGACAGAUCAACUGGACACAACCAGGAAUCAGCUGCAGGCGCUGCAAGCUCUGACGGGUGACCCGGAACGAGGUACCAAGGAAUUCCUUGAAGUACUCCAUAAGGAAGAAAGAAGGACCGAAGAAGCUUUUGCUUCUUGUGUUCGCCAGCUCCAGCAAAAGCAACAGCGUCUAGUUGAGGUGAACGAGGCCGCUUCAGGGCCACCGCCCCGACAGGAGACUCUCCUGGAAUUGCAAUGCGAGUUGGCCAGCUUGCAGGAAGAGACCCGCGCGACCCAGGCCGCUUCCGGCGAAGAGCUUCAGCUUCUGGUUGAGAAAAAGAAGUCGCUGGAGCAGGAAGUUCAGCGAAAACUGGCAGCGCAGCAUGCCGCCACCCUGAAGCGCUCUGCCGCUGAAAACGAGUUCAAAACUGCCCGCGGCUACUGUUUUAUGAGCAAAGAAGAAUUUGCAACGUACGCUGACAUGCUUCGGCAAAAGACCAACCUGUUCAAAACACUGAAACUCAAGGAAGCGGCGGCCGAGGAAGCUAACGCUAAAGCGAUAGAAGACCUCGUCCGUGAGCGCGGCGUCCACGGCUUCCAAGAGAGGCAGGUGGAACUGAAAAGCGUCGACGCGUCGCUCGCCGCAGCCGUACGCGAAAGGACCGUUCUGUCUCUGCGGGGUAUGGCCGCCGGCGUUGCAGGCGACGUGCUCCAGCGUCUGGAUGAGGUCCGCAGCAGGGUUGAGCAGGAGAGAAAGAAAGCGCGCGAGGAACUCGCACCUCUUCUCGAGCAAGUCGACAGAAAAAAGGAGGAGGAAGCGGAACUGAAACGCGUGUAUGACGCGAAGAAAAAGGCAUACCUCGACCUCAAAGCAGAACUCGAGAAACCCGUGGAAAGCUUAAGAGCUACAGUGGCGGCUCUUCAGGCAGGCAUUGAAGCGCUCGUUGCCGAGCAACACGAGAGCAGCCUAGAGUGCAAGAAGGCAGUGCAGUUCCUCGAAAGAGCUGAGAAAGAGCAAAGCAACCUGAUUCCCGCGAUUGUGGCUCUCGUGUCGGUUUGCGGCAGAUCGCUCGAGCAGGGGAACAAGCUGAAGCUCUGCGCCAAGAAGAGCGCCAUCUGCUGA